AUGCUCUGGAUAUCAGCCUUCACCGCCCUCCUCGCCAUCCCAUUUGGCUCGUUCGCAGCGCCCAUCGUCAAGCGUGCUGAAGUCGAUGACACUCUGAUUCUCCAGUUCCUCCAGGCCAUGGAACAAAUGGAACGAGAGUUUUAUUGGCAAAUUCAGACCAAGUUCCAAGACAAGGACUAUAUCAAUGCAGGAUUCCUUGAUGCAAAUGCUCCUAAGCGGCUUCUCUUGGAAAUAUUCAACGAUGAAAGCAUUCAUACUUCAUUCCUCACCGACGGGUUGAGAGGCCAAGCUGUGCGAGGCUGCACCUUCACCUUUGACGACGCAUUAAAGGACGUAAAGUCGGCGGUUCUCGCUGCCCGCACCUUGGAGCAAGUGAGUGUCAGCGCAUAUCUAGGUGCAGUCACUCUGGUCGAGGACAAGAACUUCCUCAUCGCUCUCGCGAGCAUUCUCACCGAUGAAGCACGACAUGAAACGACCAUGAACAUUCUCAGCGGGUCCUCUGUGAUGCCCCAGUCGUUCGAUACUGCUUUGCGUCCUGAACAAGUCCUCUCGAUCCUGUCGCCGCAUAUGACUUGCAAUCUUGACAUUCCUCCUGUCAAACCUCUCAAGAUCAAGAACUCUUUGAGAAAAGGUGAAGCAAUCACGCUCGAGUUUGACAAGACCGGAAUUCCACGGGAUCAGCCACUAUUCUGUCAAAUUUUGAUUGGCGGUCAACCGGCAGGCCUUGCCCAGCCGCUCGAAUCCUGCACGAUGCCGGUAGAUGCAAUCAACGGGCCCUUGUACAUCUAUAUCACCAACGAUGGAACACCACUGCCUGCCAAUAUUCUGCAGCAGAACACAGCCUCGAUUCUCGCUGGGCCUGCGAUCGCAUGGGUCGACCCAGAAGGAGGAGAGCUAAACCAAUUCAUUGUUCCAAAGGGUAUCGCUGUGGAGACGCCGACAGGUGCUGCGAAUAGAACGCUGACUCCGAACCGAGGCUCGUCUACGCAGACACCAAUCGAGGGAACUGGCGAGACACCCAGCCCGCAAACUGAGGGUGAGUCAGAGCCUGCGGGAGAGUCAAAGGAUAUUACCAUCAAGGGUGUCUGGACGAUACCUGCAUAA